CGUGAAUCUCUAGAAAAAGUCACCCUAACAGCACAGGGAAUGGAUGAUAUUUCGGACGUCCCGCUAUCUGCAAUUACAAUGGCCGUACUCUCUUUGAAACCCGAAACUUCUCAAGAUGGGCUUGCAGUGCUCGGACAAACCGGAGGAACGAGUUCUUAUGAAUAUGGCAUUGUCCUGGCCACGACUGCACGUCACUCUCGGUUCUCUGAACCAAUCACAAACCUAUCCAGCUUAGUUUUUCUCGUCGGGGGCUGCGCUGAGCUUGACGACCUCUGAUGCUCGACAUUGCUGGCUCGGACAGGCAACUCCCGCAUGGCGUCAGGCCAGGCAAAGGUGCUGUCAAUGUCGCAAUCGCUCAGUUUGAAAGCGACGCGAGACCGGUCGAUGGGUUGCCAUGUUCCUUGCUGGCUUGGAUCUCCAACUUAGCGCUUGUUGAUGCCUCGUCCGUAUACAAAAAUGUGGAGCAAACUGGC